UUUCUAUAUGACACGUUAUUUCGUUCAUGCACAUUUAAGGCAGACUUGUCACAGCUGAUCGCACUCGCUACGAAAAGCGCGCUAAGCUAAUCUUUAAAUUAUCACGAUAACUCCUGUUUCCUUGAGUUUUCUUUGGAGUUUUCUGUUCUUGGCGGUCUUAGUGACGAUUCAAGUCUCAGCAAAGCCAGGGAACAGUGCAACUAAACCUAUCAAGACAAAGAAGUGCAACAGCAUUUUUUUCUACGAGGCACCAAACAAGAACAUGGAAACUAUGUAAAGAAACAGCUCGCCCACAUGCAAACUGACAUCAACUUUCUCAAAGAAAAAGUGAAACCGAAAGAUAAACUCAAGAAUUAUGUCAAAAAUUCAUUUUAGCCAUUCUGAACCAGUGAUCAAGGUUUUCAGUGUUCUCCUGAUAGCCAAAAACUCUCUCGGUUCGGUGCGGCAGUACAUCUGUUCUCGAACUAGAAUUGAAAAGGCUCAAUAUUUAUCCCAUCUGUUAAUUUGUUUAUCUUUACAGUAAAGAAGAACUGUGCUGAUCUGUACAAAUCGGGUCAUAGUAUUAGCGGAGUUUACAGGAUCGAUCCUGAUGGCUUAGGUGCCUUCAAUGUCCGAUGUCUUCUGUGACCAAACCGCAACAGGCGGAGGGUGGACUGUGUUCCAAAAGAGACUGGAUGGCUCCGUUAAUUUCUACCGCGGCUGGGCCGACAACAAGAAUGGCUUUGGAAAUCUGAAGGGUGAGUUUUGGUUGGGGCUUGAUAAGCUAUACCGUCUGACAAAAACAAAGAACAAGCUUCGAGUCGAUCUGGAAGAUACCAAGCAGUUGAGUCUUGGGACCUAUUCAGGCACUGCAGGUGAUUCCCUCUGUGCUCAUCGAGGUUUUCCCUUCACUACCAAAGAUCGGGACAAUGACAACUGGGGUCGUAACUGUGCUGUGAGGUACAAAGGAGCCUGGUGGUAUAAAAGCUGUCAUGGCUCAAACUUAAAUGGUGUUUAUCAUUGUGAGAAGCAUUCGUCAUAUGCUGAUGGAGUCAAUUGGAGACAGUGGAAAGGAUACCACUACUCCGCUAAGAGAGCUGAGAUGAAAAUCAGACCAGUAAAGUUUUAGAAUUUGCUGUCGCUUAAUUUUCUUGAGACAAAAUAAGAAUUGUAAGAGAAAUGUCAAGCUCCUUUAAAAGAGUGAUUAAAGACUUCAAAAAAGUAUUUUUCUUGUUUGUAGAAUUAUUUGCACCUCGUUCCUACCACAAUGUCUCUGUUCCCAGUACUCCACCAAACAAGAGAGGAUCUAACUAUCCAUUAGAACCACAAAUUCUGGGAAAUUAUCUUGGAGAAAUGCAGAUAAACAUUUUCUCUGUUUUACCCCAAAUAAAAAAUCACUGAAACUGUACUAAGAUAAAUGUAGUAGACAUCUAUAUUUAUACAGGAUAGCCCCUUCAGUGUAGUAAACACUGGUAUCAACAGGGGUCCUGUUAA